CGGCCUACUAUAGUCACCUCUGCUAUUUCUUCACCCGUUCACCCCCGUUCAUCCGGCCUCCGUUAAAUCUCUCUCCCUCCCGGCGACGACUGGGCGACAGCCGCUGCCGCUCUACCCCAGCUCUACGUCGGACCCUUCGCCGGCGACGAGCACCCGCCAGAUGGCGAGCACGGGGCGGUCGAUGCUGCUGUCCCUGCUGCUCUUCGCAGUGACGCUGUCGCUGCUGGAGAUGUACAGAGCCAAGUUCGCCUCGUCGGAGCUCAUGACCAUCGCCGGUGGAUUCGUCUGCUCCCUUCUCUUCCUGCUACUCCUCACCUUUAUUGGAAACUACCAAGAAGCUAGUGGAGAUAGAACUGGGUGGGGUGCAGUUGUUGUAGCACAACUUGUAGCUCUUAUUGUAGCUGGCACUGUCCACCGUGUCUGUAUCACAACAUGCUUCCUGUUUUCCGCUGGACUCCUUUACGAGGUUGACAAGCUCUCUGGCAUGAUACUUGCGAGGAGCGAGUCUAAGGUGAGGCGGCACUGAGCACAGAAGCAGCACAGAAGAGAUGAUUCAUGUACGAUGACAUAUUUUGUAUGUCAAACUGAAGUGCUAGUUCGCGCUCACCAUCGGAGUUGAACUCAUCAGGCCUUUUUCUGCUAGGCGUAUAGGGGCCCUGGAUUCUGGAUACUGGUGCGUUGGCACCGAGGUCACAUUCUGAUGUUUGUCUAAUCAAUUGACUAGGUAAUUUACCAUCUUUUACCGGUUUCGCGAUGUCAUUUUCCUUUCGCCAUACUCGCGGUGCGUUGGAUCUAUCCGUGCGUAAUGGUUUGGCCA